UGUCCCUCGUUUCUCUUCUUGCUCGUCAUCACCUCAGCUCUCGAUUCGACCGUCCAGCGAAGGGCUAUUGUUGAGCGAGGAUCAAAGGUUAUGGGCCGUUGAAGUAUCGCUUGUAGAGCAGUACGAGAAAAGCAAAGCAUCCGUGCUGAGCAUGCAAAGGAGCUGGAACAGGACCCUGUGGCACGCGCGAUAACACAAACGGGCCUGCCUUGAGCCGCCUUCGACCCAGCAUCUGCCAGUUCUCUCGCUGCGAUGGGUAUCUGGAGCCCCAAAAAGCAUUACCUCAACCAGGUCGGCUUCGAGCAACACCAGGAUCAGCCUAAACGCAUCUCCACCUCGGCCGGCCACCGUCUCACCGUCAUCCUCGAAAAUGGAGCCUCCGAUUCUCACACUUCGAAGACACGUGAAGCGCAUCGUGAUUCGAUACGGAAGAGCGGGUUGAGUGCUAUACUGGCCGAUGUACCAGAGGAUCGGGGUGCGAGUGCGCACUCAAGCGGGUAUAGCUAUAAUGUAUGGAGCGAGAACGAAAAGUUUGCAGCGCUGCGGAACCACAAGCAAAUCGCGAAGAGAGGGGGUUGGAAGAGGUUACUGACCAUACUCGCGGUCAUCCUCUUGUUAAUCAUCGCAUUGGGUGUCGGUCUGGGUGUGGGAUUAAAGAAGAAGUCUGAAAGCUCCUCUUCCAGCACACCCACCACCAGCUCAAACUCCGAUUCCGGCUCUGCAGACACUCCCGCCUCUCCGACUUCCACCUCAACGUCAAGUGCGAGUUCAAGCGCCCAGCCUUCUAACUUCCCUCUCGGUACAUACAGCCUCGUAACCUUCCUUGACACAGUCCAAACGAACUGCACGUCCAACCCAUUGACUUGGACAUGCGCGCCCUAUACCGACUACUACACAUCGGUGUCCAAGUCUCAGGCAAUUUUCAACUGGAUCAUUUCCGGCUCGAAAGACGCCUACAAAAUCUCGUCCACCGACAACCCCUUCAGCAUAUCUUUCAAGAACGCCGACCUGGAACUUCUAGAUGAAGGCAAGGAUAAUGAACGCUUCCGCUUCCAGAUCGAUCAAACCAAGACGGUCAGCCCAAGCACGAACCUGACGUCCGAUAACGCAGCUGUAGAGUGCGACUUCGUAGGAAAUCUGCAGGGUGUCAUGUACACGAAGAUGGCGAAGGAGUAUCCGAGCGACCAAGACCCGGAUGCUAGUACAACCUACACCACGUGGCCGUACGCUGUAAAGGUCGAGCAAACCGCAGCAGGCGGUAACAACGUGCCCAGCUGCUACAAAACUACUUCGAGUGGGCAGCAUGGCGAGUCUGUCAGCCUUGAGGCAGAGGUUGAGACCACAAUGUGCUCGUGUCUGUACAAAAAUUGGCAUACGCCCAUGUAACCGCGCUUCAACAUGUGUAUAAACGGCGCUUGUAAGAGCAGAGUGCAUUCGGUAUUGUGUCAGGGCGUUUCAGCUUAUUUGUAUGUUCUUUAGCGUGGUGUUCAUCUCUUUUGUCAACACAAGGGAACUGGUCCCAAACGAUCUUACAUAGCUGUUAAUUUCUAUUGUCUAACCAUGCCCAUUGAGCCUGUUGUAAAUUUUCUGUUGUGCAAGGUGGUAAAUAAUGAUUC